AUGGCAUCUCUCGAACAUGCACCGACACCACCAACCAGUGGUGUCUGUUCCAAAAUGCUGAACAAUGAUUUCUCACCGGCGACUGCUGCCACAACAGAUGUCGAAGCCCAAAAUCCAGCUGGAGAAAAAGGAAAGACGCCUAUCAACACCUCGGCAUUCAAGUCUCUGGGCUGGCUAGACCGCUUCUUGGCCGUAUGGAUCCUGCUCGCCAUGGUCGUGGGCGUAUUGCUGGGCAACUUUGUGCCCGAAACCGGGCCCGCGCUGCAAAAGGGCAAAUUCGUUGGCGUCUCUGUUCCUAUCGUCAUGAUGUACCCGAUCCUGUGCAAGGUUCGCUACGAAUCGUUGCACGAGCUGUUCACACACCGCGGCGUAUGGAAGCAGAUUGCCUUCAGUGUCUUCGUUAACUGGAUUGUGGCCCCGUUCCUCAUGCUCGCUCUGGCGUGGGCUUUCCUUCCGGACAAAGCUGACCUACGUGCCGGCUUGAUCCUGGUCGGACUUGGAAGAUGCAUUGCCAUGGUUCUCAUCUGGACAAACCUGGCCGGCGGUGACGGCGAGUACUGCGCCAUCCUCGUGGCCAUCAACUCGAUCCUUCAGAUGAUCCUCUUCGCCCCAAUGGCCAUCUUCUUCCUGCGCGUCAUCAGCCACGAGUCCGGCUCGGUCGACGUCUCCUACUCGGUCGUGGCCACCAGCGUCGCCGUCUUCCUCGGCAUCCCGCUCGGCGCCGCCGUGCUCACGCGCUUCGCCCUGCGCGCCGCCGCGGGGCCGGCCUGGUUCGACCGCGUCUUCGUCCGCUUCGCCUCGCCCUGGUCCCUCGUGGGCCUGCUCUACACCAUCCUCGUGCUCUUCGCCUCGCAGGGCCACGCCGUCGUGCACCAGAUCGUCGCCGUCGUGCGCGUCGCCGCGCCGCUCGUCGUCUACUUCGUGCUCGUCUUCUCCGCGACGCUGUGGGCGGCCUACCGCCUCGGGUUCGGGUACGCGCUGUCGGCGACGCAGAGCUUCACGGCCGCGAGCAACAACUUUGAGCUCGCGAUCGCCGUCGCGGUGGCGACCUUUGGGCCCGAGAGCGACCAGGCGCUGGCGGCGACUGUGGGCCCGCUGAUCGAGGUUCCUGUCCUCAUCGCUCUGGUCUAUGUCGUUCGGUGGGUUGGCAAGCGCUGGGCCUGGAAGGAGUGA